UUUAAAAUGAAUUCUAUGCAAAUGUAGAUCUUUUCUUAAACUGCUUUUCAUAGUUUAGCUUUAUUAGGAAAACCUUGACAUGGGCUUAUCAGAUUAAUGUUUAACAGAGACAGACAGCUCUCUAGUGUGUGGAAUGAGGCCACAUUACAACAGUUUGCUGUCAGCUGGCCUAUGUGCAGGACGUGCAGACUGCUUUCUUGUUUGACAUAUGCUCAAGGCACUAUGCUCAGUCAUACAUUUUGCAGCCCGGCAGAAACAAGGUUUUCUUGUGGUUACAAGCUUGAUAUGAACUCACCAAAACCAGAAAAGGAAAAACUGUCUCUAAAAAAGAAGAACAAAGACAGCUACAAAUCCCGGCAAUCUCAUUUCCACAAUGAUCUCAACUGCCCAGUUUGCCUGCAGACAGCUACUAUACCAGUAGAGACCAACUGUGGCCACUUAUUUUGUGGUUCCUGUCUGAUGACCUACUGGAAGCAUGACCCCUGGUUAGGAGCAAUGAGUUGUCCUCUUUGCAGACAAAAGGUUGUUAUUCUUUACAAUGAUUUCUGUGAAAAUCAGCCAGACAAGCUGAGCAGAGACAUUGUACAUGACAUCAGGCAUUACAACAAUCGCUUCUCAGGGAAACAAAGACCUUUCACAGAUUACCUCUAUGAUAUGCCAUCACUGCUGCAUCUGGGUUUGAGAAGAAUCUUCACUAUGGGCGGACUUGUGUGGGUCUUUUGCCUUAGGAUUUUAGUGUGCUUGUUUGGAGCAAUUGUGUGCUUGUCUUCUCCGUUUGAUGUAAUCUCAGAUCCCAUGUGUGGAAUCCUCAGUAUUAUUGACGACCUAGUUGUAGUCUUCCUUCUUUUAAUUUGCAUUAUAAACAUUUUCCAGCAGCUUGGCCAGGACGGCAGGAGCAUAGGCCAUUCUACAGAAGACAGCAACAUGUCAGAAUAUUGACCGGCACAAUCUGGCAAUUUGCUUUAUUCAACUUUUCUACAAAUGCUAUUACAUAUCUUCAUGUUAAACAUUAUCUACAUUUAAGACUGAACAGUGACCUAAGUGAUCAGUUUGCGUGGUGAUGACACACCUACACCAAAUAUUCCAUAGAUGGGACAAAUGUUACAAAAGCAUCCAUUUUAUACUGUGUUGCUGAGUAAUUGCAGACAUGGGAGGUGGCAUAUCCAUUACUGCAGAUGCAGGAAUAUUACAUAGCAAAUUAGGUUGAAAAAAGACACACAUCCAUCAAGUUCAACCUUUUAAGUCUAUAUAUAACCUGCCUAACUGCUAGC